AUGUUGGAGCUACGGUUGGUACAGGGGAGUCUGUUGAAGAAGGUUGUGGAAUCGAUCAAGGAGCUUGUAACCGAUGCCAAGUUCGACUGCUCCCCCACCGGUUUCUCACUGCAGGCUUUCGAUUCCAGCCACUUGGCGCUGGUGUCGCUGCUGCUCCGUUCGGAGGGAUUCCACCACUACCGCUGCGACCGAAACAUCUCCAUGGGGAUGAACCUCGACACCGUGGCUAAAAUGCUCAAGUUCGCCGGACAUGACGAUAUCAUCACUCUGAAGGCCGACGACGCCAGCGACUCUGUCACUUUCAUGUUCGAAAGCCCCAGACAAGAUAAGAGCUCAAAAUUUGAGAUGAAGCUGAUGGACAUUGAGAGUGAGCAUCUAGGAAUGCCAGAAGCCGAGUACCAUGCUAUUGUUCGCAUGCCAUCUGUUGAGUUCUCUUGGAUUUGCAAACAUCUUAGUAGCAUUGGUGACACAGUUGUCAUCUCUGUUACAAACGAAAACGAAGGUGUGGAGUUCUCAUCCACGGGUGAUAUUGUAACUGCAAAUAGUGUAUAUAAGCACAACACCACUGUUGACGGCGAGGUGAAUGUUGAGAUGAAUGAGCCAGUAUCUCUCAGAUUUGCUCUUAGGUAUCUCAACUCCUUCACUAAGGCCUCCCCAUUGUCUACCACUGUCACUUUAAGUUUGUCCUCGGAGCUCCCAUUGGUGGUCGAGUAUAAGAUUGCAGAGAUGGGCUACAUACGCUUCUACUUGCCUCCCAAGAUUGACGAAGAUUGA